CACAGCCACAGUAAGGAGGGAGCAAGGCCAGGGAUCGAACCCGUAUCCUCAUGGAUACUAGUUGGGUGUGUUACUGCUGAGCCACAACGGGAACUCCUCCUAAACCCAUAUUUUUCUUAGUCAUCUUGCUUCCAGCUUGAAAGAUCCCAAGAACCUGUCCUCAAGGUGGUCUUCUCACAUCAGAGGCUAAGGAAGUCCGAGAAGGCAGCCUCCCCCAGGCGGGCCUGGGGGCCUUCCCCAGCACCUGCUGUAGGGGGAGGGGGCCCAGCAGGAAUGCGCUCUUGCAGCUGACUAGACUUGGGGACCAAUGUUUUUCAUUGUGAGAAAAUUCCCCGGAGCUCAUGCAGAUGCUGCCUCUGACCGAUCAUCAGCCCUUUGUUCUGCUGUCUGGAGCCCCCAGAAUAAAUGUACUCUUUGUGCCCCUCCCACACUGUGCAUGGCCAUUCCCCACCCCCCACCUGCCCAGAUCAGUUCUUCCUGGUAGGACAGGAUUCCUAGGAUUUCUGCCCUCCUGGUUACCCACCCUCCUCUGUAGAGUAGUAAGCAGACCAGCCGCUCAUUCUUCCCCAUCCCCCUUGGUUCUCAGUACUGUCUUUCUGAUACAGAAUCCUAAAAUUGUUACGUUUGUUCCUUUGUUUGUUUCUGGCAUCACUCCGAUGUCUCAUUGACUUGUAAACAAGCUAAAACCCCAGAGCAAUUACUCUCUGAGCCUAAAUUAAGAGGGAACCUCUAUUUCUCUGAACUCUUCCUUUCAGCUCAUUUUUCAAGCCAGGCCCCUUUCGGAAUUCUGAUUUUGUUGGUCUUAUCUAAAGCAUUCAUCUCUCCCAGCGUGGUGUUCUCAGAUAAUUUGAAAAGCCUAUGAUGUGUUUACCUAGGUUCAGGGCUCCGAAGAGGGUGACAAAUCCCUCAGAAUGAGUUUGCCAAAUGCCUGCUGGCAGCCAGCAGCUUCAAGGCCCCGUGGAAAGGGAGAAGGACCAAACCUAGGGUCUGGCUGCCUGAAGGGGCCGGGUAGGGGAGCUUCGGUUUGACCAUUGACAUGUAAAUGAUGAGAGGGCCCGGGGCUGAUUCAAAGACCUUCCUGCUUUCCCUCUGACCACACGACCACACGGAGCCCCAGCCUUGGACAGCUGCCUGCAGGCUUCACCCGGCGAGAUGCAGGCCAUCCUGGCUGCAGAGGUCCCAGAGAUGGCCUAGUGAUGCAAGCGCCUUCCAAUGACUGAUGAUUGGAGCACCUUCUCCGAGGGUGCCUGCCUGGGCCUGUGCUGUCGCGUUGAACCAAAGGAACUUGUCCACCACUUCCCCACAGACGUCCUUCUCUCCUAAUUCAUGAGCCAGCAGGAUGCGGUCGCCGCGCUUUCAGAACGCCUUCUCAUAGCUGCGUACAAAGGCCAGGCAGAGAAUGUGGUUCAGCUCAUCAACAAGGGCGCCAAGGUAGCGGUUACCAAGCAUGGCCGGACCGCCCUGCAUCUCGCUGCCAAUAAGGGCCAUCUCUCUGUGGUCCAGAUCUUGCUGAAGGCUGGCUGUGACCUUGAUGUCCAGGAUGAUGGGGAUCAGACCGCCUUGCACCGGGCCACGGUGGUGGGGAACACCGAGGUCAUUGCGGCACUCAUCCAGGAGGGCUGUGCUCUGGACCGGCAGGACAAGGAUGGGAACACAGCCCUGCACGAAGCAUCCUGGCAUGGUUUCAGCCAGUCAGCCAAGCUACUCGUUAAAGCAGGAGCCAAUGUGCUUGCCAAGAACAAGGCUGGGAACACGGCUCUGCACCUGGCCUGCCAGAACAGCCAUGCCCAGAGCACACGCGUCCUCCUGCUGGGCGGGUCCCGUGCCGACCUCAAAAACAACGCAGGCGACACCUGUUUGCACGUUGCCGCACGUUAUAAUCACUUGUCCAUCAUUAAGCUCCUCCUCAGUGCUUUCUGUUCUGUCCAUGAAAAGAACCAGGCUGGAGACACAGCCCUUCAUAUUGCUGCUGCCCUAAAUCACAAGAAGGUGGUCAAAAUCUUACUGGAAGCUGGAGCAGAUGGGACCAUAGUCAACAAUGCAGGCCAGACACCGCUGGAGACUGCCCGCUACCACAAUAACCCAGAAGUUGCUCUUCUCCUCACUAAAGCUCCCCAGGUCUUGCGCUUCAGUCGUGGGCGAAGCCUGAGGAAAAAGAGAGAGAGGCUCAAGGAAGAAAGGAGAGCUCAGUCUGUGCCAAGAGAUGAGGUGGCACAAAGCAAGGGAAGUGUCUCAGCAGGAGACACCCAUAGCAGUGAACAGGCUGCACCCAGAAAAGAAGAGGCCAAAGAAGAUUGCCUGUCCGCCUCCCCGGAACCCAGAGCCAAGGACUGCAGGCAGAGAAAGUCCAGGCCCAAGGUGUCGGCAUUUUCUGACCCCACCCCACCAGCAGACCAGCAGCCCGGACAGCAGAAGAACACACACACUCACAGUCACCCUAAAAAGAGGCCCAGGCGUCGCUGUUCGCCCCCACCUCCUCCGCAUGAGUUCAGAGCAUACCAGCUCUACACGCUGUACCGGGGCAAGGACGGCAAAGUGAUGCAGGCGCCGAUAAAUGGUUGUCGAUGUGAACCCCUAAUCAACAAGCUGGAGAAUCAGCUGGAGGCAACUGUGGAGGAGAUCAAAGCAGAGCUGGUGUCAGUUCAGGAUAAAAUGAACACCAAGCUGGGGCAUAUGGAGAGUAAGACCCAGCACCAGAUGCGAGUCCUGGACAAGCUGAUGGUUGAGCGACUCUCAGCAGAGAGGACGGAGUGCCUGAACCGCCUGCAACAGCACUCAGAUUCCGAAAAGCAUGAGGGAGAAAAACGACAGAUGUCCUUGGUGGAUGAAUUAAAAACCUGGUGCAUGUUAAAGAUUCAGAAUCUGGAGUUGAAGCUUUCUGGAGAUUCUAGGGCCUCCAGGACUAAAUCCACACCAUCCACUUGCGAGUCCUCCACAGGUGUGGAUCAGUCAGUGGUGACUGCAGUUGCAGCAGUGGCGUCUGACAGCUCCCCGCAGGUGGUUAGGCCCAAGGAAAAGGCCCCCAGCUCCACAGCUACCCACAGACCCCAGCAGGAGCUGUCUUCCUCAGACCACACUGGCUCCCGGCUGAGGAACGUCAAGGUGCAGACAGCCUCGCUACCCUUGAAAGAAGCAGCCAAAUGUGAUUCGCAGGCUGGGCCCUGUGUAGACAGAGGCACUCAAACCAAGAAGUCUGGGAAAAGUGGGCAGAUGAGGCACCGAGGCCAGCAGCCAGCACCCAGCGCUGCCUGUGGGCAGCCACCGCCAGCAGCAGGCGGCGAGCAGACUGCCCCUCACAUUCGAGACACCUCCCAAGCGCUAGAGCUCACCCAGUAUUUCUUUGAGGCUGUUUCUACCCAGAUGGAAAAGUGGUAUGAGAGGAAGAUCGAGGAAGCACGAAGCCAAGCCAGUCAGAAAGCCCAGCAAGACAAGGCCACACUGGAGGAACACAUUAAGAGUUUAGAGGAGGAACUUGCUAAACUAAGGACUAAGGUACAGAAGGAAAACUAGGGCCUGGGAUGUGGCACAGAAAAGGUUCUUGAGGGUUUCCGGUCCUGCAGCUGCAGAAGAGCUCUGCCCAAGGUGUUGAUUACUGCACAGAGCAGACUUGCCUUUGAAAGAGUCACUCAUUUCUAAAACAUGCCAGACACAUGCUUCCUCUGCCCUGAAGUUAUGAAGACUUCAACAAUUAGACUGAAACCAGGGGAUGCUCGCCUAGUGUCAGAUUUCACUACUUGAAACCGCAGCCCAAGUUCAUCUGAAGUUCAAAAGCUCAGAUUAGCAAGCCAUACGAAGAAACUGAAGGAUGUGUAAGCCUAAAUCCUAGUAUUGAGGAUGUGAAAAAUGUAAUUGAAAAGCAAGAAAAAAUAUUAAUCCCCUGUGAACUUGACUCAAGCAGUCAUUCAUAUAUACACACCCACUGCGCCUGGACAGAGUGUCUUUCUGUAAGAGUCCUAACAGACACGCUCAGCUCCCUCCCUCAAGUUCAGAGUUCUCAAAAUGCUGGCAGUUUGACCAGGGAAAAACAUACCAAACAAAUUUUGAGGAGAAGAAUUUUCAUCAUGUCACAAGAUCUAGUAUAUCUUAAAAUAUUUUGAAAAGUCAAGAGUGUAUUUAAAUAAUGAGUUAAUUGGCUAAGAGCACUGGGAAUUGUUGUUAAUAAUGAACUCAAGGAGUUCCCAUCGUAGCUCAGUGGUGACAAACCUGACUAGUAUCCAUGAGAGCACAGGUUCGAUCCCUGGCCUGGCACAGUGGGUUAAGGAUCUGACGUUGCUGUGAGCUGUAGUGUAGGUCACAGAUGUGGCUCAGAUCUGGUAUUCUGUGGCUGUGGCGUAGGCCAGCAGCUGUAGCUCCAAUUCAACCCCUAGCCUUGGAACUUGCCACCCUAAAAAGUGGGGAAAAAACCCAGAAAACCAAAAACAAAAAACAAAACCCCACCUCAAAUUAAAAAGGUUCAAGUCAUUUGAUCAUGGUUUCUGUAUUUUUUUAGCCAAAAGACAGAAAUACUACAAUUAAUCAUGGUGAUUUUGGGAGUUACCAUUAUGGCUUAGUGAUAACAAACCCGACUAGUGUCCAUGAGGAUGUGGGUUUGAUCCCUAGCCUCACUCAGUGGGUUAAGAAUCCAGUGUUGCUGUGAGCUGUGGUGUAGGCCAGCAGCUGUAGCUCCGAUUAGACCCCUAGCCUGGGAACUUCCAUAUGCCGCUAGGGCAGCCCUAAGAAAAGAAAAGAAAAAAAAAAAAUCAUAGUGACUUUAAUAAAGUGGAUUAAUGGAAAAACAUUCCCGUAUCAAUUACUUGAAUUUCUGUAACCUAAUUUAUAGCCAAUUAUCUUAUAGUUCCUUUCUAAAUUUGAACUUGGCUUAUAUUUUAUAAAGAAAUAUGGCUGUUUUUUUAAAGUAUUUCAUUUUGAAUUGAAUUCUGCCAUUGAAGAACCUCAGAAGCUUUCUACUGCUUUGCAGGGACUAUGUCAGCUAAAUAAUUCAAUCGUUGAUUUAGAUUCCCCAGUUUCAUGGAGGCCUGUGGAUUUUACUCUACUCUAUGGAGUAUACAAAAUUGCAAAAGUAGCUUGUGUAUGUUGAAACUUUAGAAUUUAAUUAUCUUCUAGGUUUCUUGUUCCUUGGAAUGUGGCAUUAUAUUCAUCUCAAAAUUCCAUGUAUGUAUAGAAACCUCAGUUCUAUUUCUCUAAACACAGGAACCAAGUAACUGUUGUCUAUAAUUUUGAAUAAAGUGUUGCUCAUUGAGCCAAAGAGAAAAUAUGACUUCUUUUCAUGGGAACAUCCAGAAAAAGUAUGCAUUUAGUCGCUGUGUUUUAUGCCUAUAGGCUGACAGUUGUUUCUGGUUCUUUUCAGUAGUGACAAUCUAUGGAUCUAGGUGUUCCUAAUAAAUGUAGAUGUACGCAGUCACUGCACAACCAGGAUAGGGAAUUAAUUUGAUGUUGUCUCAAGUUUAACUUCAGGUGUGUAAGCUCGGCCUGUUCUCCCACUACCAUAUGAGGACAAGGCUCUUUCCCAGAAGCUCUGGUUGGAUUGCUAACUGUAGGGUGCUUUGCUCUCUUUGUUUCCCUGUUUGUUCCUAAUGCAAAAUCGCAGGCUUGUAGAGCUAGAUGGUACCUUGAGUUUUCUUUUUUUUUUUUUUUUUUUUUACCUUUUUGUCUUUUUAGGGCUGCAUCCUUGGCAUAUGGAGGUUCCCAGGCUAGGGGUCAAAUCAGAGCUGUAGCCUACUGGCCUACACCACAACCACAGCAAUGCCAGAUCUGAGCCGCAUGUGCCACCUACACCACAGCUCACGGCAACCCCGGAUCCUGAACCCACUGAGCGAGGCCAGGGAUCGAAGCUGCAACCUCAUGGUUCCCAGUGGGAUUUGUUUCAGCUGCGCCAAGACGGGAGCUCUGGUACCUUGAGUUUUCUAAAACUAUCCCCAAAAAGGCAUCACCAACUUCUUUAGAAUCCUUCCUCAGUAUACAUCAGUCUACUGAGAGCUGCCUUAUUCUGAAUUCCAAAAAUGUUCAGUAAAUUAUGAUCUAAACAGGAGCUGUUUUCACCUAUUAAAAGAUGUUAUCAGGCGGGUUGCAGAGGGCAGGCCGGGAGAGGAGUGGCCAUUUUUAAAAUCUGACCCUAACUGAAACAGGUGUAGGCACUGCACUUUUGCUUCCUCGAGCGCUAUUUUUCUUGCUGACUUUCAGCGGAUGGAAAAGCCACCAUCCAGUCUGAAACAAACAAAAAAAUGUCAGCCGCUGGCUCGGUCACUGCUCCCGGGAACCUAAGAGUCUCGCCCGCCCAGCCCCCCGCUUCUCCCAAAGGGCCCACUGCCUCCACGAAGAGUUGGGCUGUGUCAGCCGCAGGUUUCUCGGGGCCAAGGCGAGGCUCUGACCACAGGGAAAGGAAGAGUUCCCUAAGCUGUGGCAUGUGCAGCCAGGACUUGGCUCAGAUACUUGCAAAGAGAAAAAAAAAAAAAAAAAAAAACCCAGCCAAACAAAAGAUGUUACUGGGAGUUCCCUUCAUGGCUCCCUAGGUUAAGAAACCCAAUAAGGAUCCAUGAGGUUGCAGGUUGGAUCCCUGGCCUCGCUCAGUGUGUUAAAAAUCCAGCGUUGCCGUGACCUGUGGUAUAGGUUGCAGACGCUGCUCAGAUCCCACCGUUGCUGUGGCUCUGGCGGAGGCCGGCGGCUAUAGCUCCAACUGGACCCCUAGCCUGGGAACCUCCAUAUGCCGUGGUGCAGCCCUAAAAAGCAAAAACAAAAACAUGUUACCGCCAGAGGUUCCUUGUGGGAAAAUACUGAAAACAAAUUUUAUCUGGACCAUAGAGUGCUUUGGUGGGAAGUGUUUUGAUUAUGUAACUUGUAUCCAUUAGAAGCAGGCAACUUAUUGUGAACUGGAAAAUUCUGUCAGUCACCAUCAGGAAGAGACUAGCGGAGAACAUGAAAGGGCAGAUGCGCCUAGUCUGGUGGAUUACGUGAAUCUUGUCUCUUCACAGGAGGGAAACCAACAGACCAGGCAAGCAAUGGGCAGCCAGCCUCUCACUCAAAGAGAUCACAGCAUUUCAAGACCAGUGCAAUAGCUUUUUUAGCAACUGUAUUUGGUCUGUUUUUGUUCCUUAGCUUUGUCAAAAUCUUAACUUCAUGUGUAGUUUUUCGUAUUUUUUCCUUUUGUGCUAUUUGCUAAAAUGAGCAAAUGCCACAAUAAUGCUUUUGCAAAGCAGAACCAUUACCAAUUUAUAGCCUUGUCAUGUAGGUCAUGUUUCAAAAUGAGACUGGAAUUUCAAUAGCUGUGGGGAAAAAUGAUGUAAACCACAGAAAAGAUGUAUAAUAUUACAGUGGGUUUUUUAAAUUGUUACUGCAUUUAUUGCCUUGAGUAUAGUAAAUAUCUCUGAUAGGUUAUUAGUUCUAAUCCUACCUUUAAUUUUGGGAGCCCCAAAUAAAGGAAGUGAUGUUUUCAUGUUUAUAUAUUUUUUUUCAGUCAAAUGUUGAUGCUUGAGAGGUAUGUUGUCUUCUAUUUAAUAUUUUUAUCACCUUACGUUUGUCUCUUCCAAGCAUUAAAAAUGGUUCUC